AUGCUUCUUUACUCAAUCUCUGGGUCUCGCAUAACUCUACAGAAGAAUAUUCAUAAUACAACAGGUACUAUUGUCAUAUUAUUUGUGAUGAUUGUUACCCUUUUAAUUGUCAGAUAUUUGAUGAAGAAUAUUAAUAGAAAUAGGAUUCAACUCGAAGAUACAUCACCUUAUUUCGAGCCAGAUAUUGGUGCAAAAUUAGAUACAUCAACAUCAGAUAUAUUGCUAGAAAGUUAA